ACUGGGAAUUCCCUUCUUGCUGCAACACCGCCAUUUGCUUUUGGUGUUGGAAGCAGUUCGCGUGAUUCCCUUUGGAAAAUGGACAAAACAAAUGAGAACCACCUGCAUGUGUCAUGGUAUGACAGUGCCUGGAUACCACUCCUCAACCAGUCCAAUGUGCUUGACUACUUCUCUGAACGAAGCAAUCCAUUCUAUGACCGCACAUGCAACAACGAGAUCAUCAAGAUGCAGCGACUAGGUGUUGAACAUCUCAGUAAUAUGACUGGCCUGGAGUACAUCCUGCUGCAUGUACAGGAACCUAUUCUGUAUGUCAUUAGAAAACAGUUCCGGCAGUCACCUACUCAAGUGAGCCCACUUGCCAUGUACUACAUCAUUGGAGGGAUCGUGUACCAGGCUCCGGACCUUGGCUCUGUUGUCAACUCCAGAUUGCUGAAUACUGUGCACAAUCUACAGUCUGCAUUUGAAGAAGCACAGUCCUUCUCCAAGUACAAUCCUUCCAAAGGAUACUGGUGGGAGUUCAAAGACAAGGAAGAGAAAGACAAACCUGAAGGAAAGGAGAAGAGGAAACGGGAAGAGCCGAGUUCGCUGUUUCAGCGCCAGAGAGUGGACCUGCUGCUCGGAGAGUUGGGCAAGAAGUAUCCACCACAGUUUGUGGCCCCAAGUCACCCAGAAAACAAAGAGGAGUCUGCCAAGCCGGAGGUGAAGCAGGAGGUGAAGCAGGAGAAGGCUGAGGACAAGACUAGUUCCUCUUCCCCAGCCACUAAUGCUGCCAUGAAACCUCCCCCAGAGAAGAAGGCCAAAAUGAUGAGAUGAUGGCCAGUGUGGCAUAUUCUAGUAGACACAGUUGAGAUGAAGAUCAGUGUGCCUUGAUCUAAUGGAGACAGUUUUGGUGAAAGUCAGUAUUGCUUGACCUUGUAGACACAGUUGAAAUGAAGAUCAGUGUGCCUUGAUCUAAUGGAAACAGUUUUGGUGAAAGUCAGUAUUGCUUGACCUUGUAGACACAGUCAAGGUGAAGGUCAGUGUGACUCCACCUGGUGGACCAAUUGAAGGUCAGCUUGGCUUUACCAAAUGGAGACAGUUCAGGUGAAGGCUUGUAUGACUUCACCUAGUGGAUGGAGUUAAGGUGAAGGUCAGUGUGAUUUGAUCUCAUGGACACAAUAGGUUUUCCCAGUAAGUUGCUGGACUGGAGCAUGGAACACAUUGCAAGACCUUGAUGGCAGGUGAUUUGCUUCAAAGUAAUGAAGCAUACAGCUACUACAAGCUGAAGAAAGGAAGAGAAUAUGUUACCAGUGCAAUAAAGAUAAGGUGUUACUUCAGGGUUACUUAAAAAUGAAAAGCUCCUAUCUUUUUCAAAAUGUUGAAUAAACAUUUUGGAAAAUGUAGACUCAGGUUACAGGCUCUCAUGUGCAUGAAAAUAGUUUGAAAAUAUCGAGGAAAUGAUAUUUGUCUAGUUACUAGAGGGUCUGUGUUGUGUGUCUAUGUUCUUGUCAUUGUCAUGUCAUUGCUGUACAUAAACUCAGGAAUAAAAUGUCAUAAAACCUG